AUGGGUAGUACAUACAAUGAUGAGCCUAGUAUUCCGAAUAGUAAGACGAGAUAUAAUACUGAGGAAAAAGGUAAAAAUCGAAAUAUAACAAAUUAUGAGUUAUUUAAUAAAUAUUAUUAUGAAGGGGAAAAAAAGAUGAGAAAAGAAGACGACUGUGUGAACCAUCCCUAUAAUGAUGCCAAUAUUAUGGCCAAGAUGAAAAACAGAGAGAAGAAAGAUGCGGAAAAGCAGAAGGAAGGAAGAUUGUUAACAUGUAUAAGAGGGCAUGAUUUAAAUUCCCCCAAAAAAAGAUUGUCUGAAAAAGAAAUGAACGAGUUGAUAUCUAAAUAUAGAAAGAAUGGCUAUUGUGAAACAUCUUUAAAAGACAAUCAUAAGCGUAAUAGCAGCUACGGUAAUAAUAGCAAUAUUCAUGGCGGUAAUAGCAUCAUCUAUGGAAAUACUGAUAGAAGACACACUUACCAAAAUGCAAAGAGUAAAUAUAAUUUAUUAAGUUACCCUAAUAACAAAUUGUAUGAUUCAGAAAAGGAUCAUAAAGAUUUAUAUUUAGAUGGAGCUGCAAAAACAACUAUUAUUACCACGUCUGUACAUGAUACGCAGAAAGUAGAAGACAUCCAUAGUUAUAUACCUUUUUUAAACAAGAUUACAGAUCAUCACAAUGAAUCAAGUGAAAAUGGUUUAAAAAUAUUGAAUUAUGAAAAAGGGGAACUGGAUAAUCGUAAUAGUAAUAAUAUUAAUAACAGACUGGAUGAUCAUACAAAAUAUUUCCAAGGAAAUUGUAUUCCUGAUAUUAGUUUGUAUAAUAUCUUCCCGCCGCUAUACAAAUAUGACAAUGAGAAUCCUAAUGCACGCGUACAUGCAUCAUUGAACGGAGAUUGCAUGUAUAAUAAUUUAAAAAAGGGUUCUAAUAAUUAUAAAAAACAUAUGAGUGAAUAUUUGAACGUCGAUGAUUAUGAGAAAAUGGAGAGGAUCCACAUGUUGAAAAGAGGAACAGAAGUGGGAGCGGAAGUAGGAGAGGAAGUGGAAAUGAAAGCGGGAACGACGAGGGAUGCAGCGGAGAAGGAAAGAGAAUUUAGUGAUGAUGAAGAAGAGGGGAAAAAAAUACGUACUCAAAGAAAAAACCUUUUAUAUGAAACAUUUUUUAAUUUAACAGAUAAGUUAGAAAAAAUGAAUAGUAGAAAAGGCAAUAAAUGUAAAAAGGAGGAUUUAUUAGAAGAGGAGAGAAGUAAAAGAAAAAAUUGCACUAACAAGUUAAGAGAUAAGACGAUAAGAAGUGAGAAUAUAACAAAUCAAAAGAUUCGAAGUAGUAGUUCUUAUAAAACAAGAAACAGAGAAAGCUCAAUGAGGAGUGUGCAUGACAACGAUACGCAAAAAAAAUAUGGACAAGAAGCUGAUUUGGAAAAAUAUGUAAAAAAAUAUGAACAAGUAAGAAAUGCGAUUAUAGAGAAGCAUUAUGAUGAUGGUGGUUAUGGCAGUGGCAGUGGAUAUGGUGGUGAGUAUGAUGGUAACGUUAGUAUGGACAAAGAAAGAUUAUACAAAGAAAUCGACUCCUUUGAUGAUAUUUUAAAAAAUAGUUCAGAAGACUCCUAUAAUUACGAGGAGAAGAAAAACUCUUUAAGGAAAACACAAAACGAAAAUGAUAAUUUACAUGAUCAUUUGGAUGUUAAGGACCUUAGUAAAUCGGAUUUUAUAGAAAAUAAAUUAGGAUAUGAUAAAAAAAAAAAACAAAAAAACACUAAUAAUAUAGAUAACACAAGUUUAACUUCGAAUAAUUUGAAAAGUACUCAGUUUCAUAUGAGUGCAGUAUCGAAUGGUUCUAAUGACUACUCUACUUUAUAUGAUUAUGUGAAUUAUUCAAAAAAUGGAAUAACAAAAGAUUAUUUUAAGAAUUAUACACAUUCGCGUAAUUCAUCAAAGUAUCUUCCUUAUGUAACUAAGGAUGAAGUGAACAAACAUAUGGAAAGAAAUUUAUCUCAACAAAGUAUGAUGUACUCAAAGAAUAACAAAAGCGAUGUGAGCAAUUUUUCUCAUUUGCAGUCAAGUGUCUUAGGAGAAACAUACAUAGAGUACAGUAAUUCAAUCCCAUCCAAUUCAUACGUAUCUAAGAAUAUUAAUGAGCGUGGAGUACAUACUAAUAGUGGCAAUAACUGGGAGAAUAAUGUUAAGAAUUAUUACAGCUGUUCUCAUAGAGGAAAUAAUAAAGUUAUGCAUAGUGAUUCACCCCUUCUGGGCAGACUAACACAAAAGAGCAAUAGAAUAGUUGAAGGCUGCGAGCCAAAAUUCCCGUCGAAUAGUAAUAAUAGUACUACUUUAAAUGUUGAUAAUUUAAAAUACUCUUUUCUUUGUAGCAAGAACGAUGAGCACCUAAAUACUUGUAACAAUGACUGUAACAUGAAUGUUUAUAGAGAUCCUGAUAACUACCCGUACGAAGGAAUUGCCGAUGAUCGUAAGAUGUACCCUAAUGAUGUUCUUAAUGACAAUUUUAACAAAUGCUUCAAAAAGAAAAGUCGAAUUAACCCCCCCCCAACUAGAGAAGCAUUACAUAGGGAACAGCUAAUGACGAGUCCGAUAACUUACGCAGACGAGAACAGUAAUCGUAAUAAUUACAAUAGUGGUAAUAAUUACAAGAGUGGUAAUAAUUACAAGAGUGGUAAUGCGAUUGAAAGAAAGGAAGAACAUUUUAUUAAGAGCAUAGGAAAGCAGUAUCACUUAAAAGAAAGUGAUGAAAUAUUAAAUAGCAUUUUUAAUUUAAGAAAGAAAAAAAAAACUCAUCAAAAUGUUAAUUAUAAUGCAGACCGAGAAAUAAAUAAAAACAGUAACUCAAACUUGUUCCAUGAAACUGAAAUGAAUACAGCUUAUAGUUUGUGCAAUAAUAACAUCAAAAACUACAAUAAUUAUUACAGUGCGGAUAUAGCAAAUUCGAAUUCCUUUAAUUAUUUAAAAAAUCGCUCUUACACGAGACCUAUGUAUAUUGAUGACUUAAAUGUGGAUGAAGAAGACAAUUAUAAUAAAGAUAACAAUAAUAAUAACAAUAACAAUAAUAAUAAUAAUAAUAAUAAUAAUAAUAAUAAUAAUAAUAAUAAUAAUAAUAAUAAUAAUAAUAAUAAUAAUAAUAAUAAUAAUAGUAACAACAGUUAUAGCAAUAUUAGUAACAACAGUUAUAGCAAUAUUAGUAAUAAUAAUGAUACAGAUGACUGCACGAUCAAAAUAAAACAAAAAAAUUUAAGCGAUUUAAAUUCCCUUUACUAUAGCGAUAUUUUUGUUUUAAUUUUCAUUUAUUUUUUAAAAUUUUUAUAUUAUCUACUUAACUAUCUGGUACAACUUUCCCUAUUAAUUUUUGCCAUCUUUUAUCACAAUUUCAAAAAAAAAUCUUUUAACACAAUAAUUGUUUCAGUCGCAAUUGUAGUGCCACUUUUUUUGUUUGCUAUAUCAAUCGUCAUCUUAUUUUGUAGAAGUAUGAAUGCGGAAUUCUUUGACAAGGAUAUUUAA